GGAGAUACGUGUAAUCCGUGACGUAACGUCUGUUAACAGAGAUCGCGCCGCAACUGGUCUACAGGUUUAUCGAGCAGACAAUGCAGACCGGUCCAUCGGUUUCUCUGAAAUGCAGCGCCGCGGGUAAUCCGACGCCGCAAAUUUCCUGGCUGCUGGAUGGAUUUCCGCUUCCGCAAAACGACAGACUCCUGAUUGGCCAGUACGUGACCGUGUACGGGGACGUAAUAUCGCACGUGAACAUCUCGUCGGUGAAGUCCGAAGACGGGGGCGAGUACGAGUGCAUCGCGAGCAGCCGCGCUGGCGAGGCGAGCCACUCGGCGAGGCUCAAUAUUUACGGUUUGCCAUAUGUCAGGCCCAUGUCGACGGUUUCGGCGGUCGCUGGGAAACAGUUUCACAUCAAAUGCCCGGUCGCCGGUUAUCCCAUCGAAUCGAUCGUUUGGGAGAAAGCAGAUGGUGUAAGGUUGCCCACAAACAUGAGACAGAGGGUUGCGAACGGCAGCCUGUUCAUCGAUACGGUGCAACGAGCCGCCGAUCAGGGCACGUACAUGUGCACCGCGAGGAACAAGCAUAAUUUCACCUCUCAACGCUCGGUAGAAGUGCGCGUUCUAGGUAUUACGGAGGCAAAUUCCGUUUAUAACUCCAUUGUUCAUCGUUGGCCGAGAUUAGUUAACGCAAGCGGCAAGCAUCGUUGCUUCGGGUUUCCCGAGUCGUGUUUAUCAUCGAGUCGUGCGCGAAAUUUUCAAAAUGGCGUAACAACCGCGGGCCAACCACUUUUAUCUCCUCUCGAAACCGUAUUCCGUUAUCGUCCUUUAAUUGCGUC